AUGGAUCUCGAUUAUGCUUUGCGAGACACAGCUCCUGAAGAACCCGCUGAUGAUACCCCGGACCUCAUUAAGAAAAAGAGGGCCUAUGAGUCAGCUAAGGAAAAGUGGGAGCGGUCUAACCGCAUGUCCCUAAUGAUCAUGAAGAGCACCAUUACUGUAGAGAUUAGGGGAGCAAUCCCUAAUUUUGAGAGUGCUAAAACUUACUUGGACUCAGUGGAGGAGCAAUCUAAGGGCUCCUCAAAAGUUUAUGACAGCACAUUAAUUAUGAACAUGCUAACAACCAAGUAUGAUAGGACUUGCGGCAUCAGAGAGCACGUCAUGAUGAUGAAUAACAUGACUACUGAGCUUAAGGGCAUGGAGAUCCCUAAGGGAUUUUUGACCCAUUUCAUUAUGACUUCAUUUCCUUCUGAGUUUGGACUUUUCAAGAUUAAUUACAACACUCAGAAGGAGAAAUGGACCAUGAACGAGCUCAUUGCUAUGUGUGUUCAGGAGGAGGAGAGGCUAAAGGCGAGAAAAAGGAUUCUACACAUCAGGUUAGUGCAAGUCCAAGAAAGAGAAAGUUUCAAGGGGAGUUCAAGUCAAAGAAGAAGCUGUACAUCACCUCCAAGAAGAUUUCAAGCAAGCAGAAGUCUAAGGCUUCAAAGUGACCUUAUGAAUUAUGGAUUGGAAGAAAACUGA